AUGGGUCGCAUGCACACUCCAGGAAAGGGUAUCGCCUCCAGCUCCCUCCCCUACUCUCGCACUCCUCCCGCAUGGUGCAAGGUCACCACCGAGGAGGUUGCGGAGCAUAUUGUGAAGUAUGCCCGUAAGGGUAUGACUCCCUCCCAGAUUGGUGUUGUGUUGAGGGAUUCGCACGGUAUUCCCCAGGUUAGGUUCGUUACUGGUAACAAGAUCCUCCGUAUCUUGAAGUCCACCGGCCUCGCCCCCGAGAUUCCCGAGGACCUUUACAUGCUCAUCAAGAAGGCCGUUGCUGUCCGCAAGCACCUCGAGCGUAACCGCAAGGACAAGGACUCCAAGUUCCGUCUUAUUUUGAUCGAGUCCCGUAUCCACCGUUUGGCUCGUUACUACAAGACCGUCGGUGCGCUUCCCCCUACCUGGAAGUACGAGUCCGCUACCGCUUCCGCUCUCGUUGCCUAAACGUGAUCUUUUGUCCAAUAUUCACGUCGU